GGUGGGAGCGCCAUGCGGCUCUUUUACAGCGCGUUCUUGUGUCCCUGAGUUCAGAGCUCGUCUCAGCGGCACUUUGAGUUGGAGGCCCACGCACUUCGUUUGCGACAGUAAGACACUCGUCACUGCGGUGAAGCCGGGACUCCCUUGAACUUGACCAUGGCUUUGGGCCCCGCUGCGCUUCUCCUGCUGCUGAUGGCGCUAUUAGUAGCUGUCUUUAAAGAAGCUGAGGCUGAAGCUGUUGGACUUCGGAAACUGAGGAGGCAGAAGAGAGAAUGGAUCAUUCCUCCGAAGCACCUGAAGGAGAACUAUGACUAUAAGGAUACCAUAAUUGCUAAGAUCCGUUCCGAUGAAGAGACAAGAUCCUCGAUCCGAUACUCCCUGACAGGCGAAGGCGUCAGCGAGGGCUUGUUUGUCGUCGACGCAAAAAAAGGCUUUGUACGAGUUACAAGAAAACUGGACCGAGAGAAGAAGUCCUUUUACUCACUUAAAGGAAUUGCAGAAUUUGAAAACGGCACAAAAGCCGAGAAAGACAUAGAUUUACGCAUUUUUGUUGACGACGAGAAUGACUGUAGACCGCAGUUUGUCAUAAUCCCUGUUGGAUUUGUCAACGAGUCAAGUCCAUCAGGUACCUUCGUAAUAAUGGUAAAUGCAACAGACGACGAUGACCCAAAAACUCAGAAUGCCAAAAUUGCAUACAAAAUCAUUGAACAACAACCAGGCGGGAAUCUCAUGUUCCACAUCAACUGGGAAACCGGAGCAAUUUAUGUCAACCUGCCGACGCUCGACAGAGAGGUACAGGACAAAUAUACACUGAUAGUGGAAGCCAGAGACCUAGACGGGGAUCAGAAAGGCAAUGCGGUCACAGCAACGGUCACCUUCAACGUCCUUGACAUCAAUGAUAACAUCCCACAGCUGGAGAACAGUUCGUAUGAAGGUAGCGUAGAGGAAAACCGUGCCAAUGUGGUCGUGAUGAGAAUUAAGGCGCUGGACCAAGACUUGGUUGGUUCUGACAACUGGCUGGCGGUUUUCACCAUUGAGGCAGGCAAUGAAGCGGGCUACUUCAGCAUCACCACUGACCCAAAAACCAACGAGGGCAUUCUGCUGCUGAACAAGCCCCUUGACUACGAAGAGGUGAAAGAGCUGCACCUUAAGGUGUUGGUGUCCAACAAAGCAGAAUACCACAUCUCAACCACUGAGGUCCAGCAGAAGACCUACACUGUUAAGAUCAAAGUGAAGAACCAGCCAGAAGGGCCCAUGUUUAGGCCCCGUGUGAAAGCUGUCAAUAUCACGGAGGGCAUCAAAACGCUCAUCCACACUGUGAUAGCAACAUAUCCUGCCGUUGAUGGAGACACCUUUGAGACAGUAAAGAACGUUCGGUAUGUCAAAGGGCGGGACCCAGACAACUGGCUGAAAAUUAAUGAAAAAACUGCAGAAAUUACACUGAAUAAACUCCCAGACCGAGAGUCCAAGCACUUGAAAAAUGGAACCUAUUAUGCAGAAAUAAUCUGUAUGACUGCUGAUGUUCCCUCGCAGACGGCCACAGGGACCGUUGCCAUUAUGGUUGAGGACACCAAUGACCACUGUCCAGAACUGGUGCAGACACUUCAGUCCGUGUGCACGGACAAGAGCAUCCUUUACAUCACAGCUCACGAUGCAGAUCCAGAACCCAACGGCCCUCCGUUCGAGUUCACUGUGGUUUCUGCAGAUGACAGUGCUGCAUGGGGAGUGGAACACAUCAAUGACACCACAGCUCUCCUCAGGGCCCACAAGCCACUGUGGCCAGGGUCCUACCAGCUGGCAGUUAAUGUGCGCGAUCAGCAGGGGAAGAGCUGUGAACACAGCCAGCCAGUGAACUUCCACGUGUGCACAUGCAAAGAGGACGGCACCUGUUCCUGGCAGGGGAAGCCCAAAGCCGUGUUUGGGGCACCAGGGGUCAGCUUUCUCCUACUGGGACUGCUGCUGCUCCUUUUGGUCCCUCUCCUGCUGCUCUUCUGUGCCUGUUGGAACCAUGGAGUGAGUGGGUUUGUCGACAUACCUUUCGAUCCUGUCCCACCCUUGAGCUCAGGAAAUACUGAAGAAAAGGGGGAAGAUAAAAAUGUCCCAUUGCUGAGUGCCCCUGUGGAGCUGGAUGGUCAAGUUAUUAGUGGGGCAGGGUACGGGGUAGGCAGCGGGGCAGGGUACGGGGUAGGCAGCGGGGCAGGGUAUGGGGUGGGCAGCGGGGCAGGGUACGGGGUGUACGGGGUGGGCAGCGGGGCAGGGUACGGGGUGGGUCAAGAGCAGUGGUACGGGGUGGGCAGCGGGGCAGGGUACUCAAAAUGGAGGUAUCAGGGAGUCGCAGGAAAUAUGGGAAAUGAACAGAUUACCAUUUCAAACAAGUACAGAGUCACCCGAGAGGAUAUCUUCUCUGGAAUGGCGCUCUCGGACACCUUCCUGGAAGAUUACUACUCCAGGAAAGCCAACUGCACAGCAGAGAUGAGUCAAGCGAUAGAUGCCAGUCUUCAUUUUCAAGAGGAAGGCAGCGACUCCCCCGUGGGCUCGCUGGGAUGCUGCAGUUUGAUCGAGGGGGACAAUGACCUGGAGUUCCUCAAUGACCUGGGGCUCAAAUUCAAGACUCUGGCAGAGAUUUGUAGUGGCACAGUGCUGGAGGUGUCCUCUUCAUCCAUGCUGCCAGGCGCAACCCUGAGGCCUGCCAGCCAGCCCAGCCCUGCCCCCUCACUAACACAGGCUGAGAUCUCUGGGUUUGAGGCAUCGCACGCAGGAAUGUCUGGCACAACUCACUCAGUUACCACCACCCUGGUGGAGCAGAUCUGUGACUCGGGUGUGGUGCAUCCUGCUGCAGUGCGCCACCCGGUGGACGUCUCCAAGCAGACCUACAUUCUCCAGCCUCAGUCUGUGUUGGUAGUGGAGCCACAGGUGCACCCCACUGUGAUGCUCUCACAGGUGCCCAGCGUGUAUGUGUUGAGCGACACACCAGCCCCACUUGCACAUGGCACCCUGAGCCAUGGCGAGAAGGUGCUGCUGGUGGAGAAGAUGGCGGCUGAAUCUGACCACGGUCUCCUACAGGACAGAGGUGUUUCUGCAUCCCAGAACUUUUUGCUGAUGGAGAGGCAGGUUGGCCCUGCGGUGCCAAUAAACAGAAGCUUCUUAAAGAAAAUGGAGACCCAGAAGGUGGUGGGUGUCUCUGGGGCCCAGCAGGAGGUGGGUCUCUCUGGGUCUCCAAGCCUCAUGCUGGAGGAGCACCAGAGGGUCCUGCACGAAGCCCAGUCAGCCCAGUCGCAAAGCAUGGGGAGAGUGGUGUCCGGCUCCAGUUCAGAGGGGCUGGGGUUGAACAGCAGCCCCCUGCAUGACAGCGUUUUGUCUGGCGCUCGCAAAGUGCUCAUGCAGGAGAAGAAAGUGUCCAUCAUGGAGAGGAGCCUCCAAGGAAAUGCAACUGGAUAAAGUCACCUCCCAUACGUUGUCCUCUUCAUGCAGUGAAAUGCUGCUGAUUGUGUCCAUGACCACAGUGGGGAAACCAAAUUGAAUAACUUCCACAUGUACUGUACAAAUGUGAACUUAUGAACUGAACACGUGUAUGGAUGUUAAGUCUUAACUUCCUGCAGCUUUAUUCUUUAUGUUCCUUACCACUGGUCAGGAACUUAUAUAAUUUUCCUACAUUUGCAUAUUGGUAUCAGUGACUUCUGAAAAUAUCACUUCCUAAACAGGAGGCAAAAAUUAUUGGACUUGAAAUAACUGGACUCCAUUUCAGGGAACAUUGAUUUAUUUGCCAGACGAAAAUUAACUCAAAACAGCUGUAAUCUAAGGCAGUCGAAUAAAAAGCAGCUAAUGGUAGAACUCAGAUUUGUUAUUUUUAAUGCCUCUAUAAUUUUGGGUACAGCUGGGUUGCGGUGGUGCGACGGGUUUGGCUGGGUCCCGGUCUCUGGUGGGUCUGGGGUUCGAGUCCUGCUUGGGGUGCCUUUCGACGAACUGGUGUCGCGUCCUGGAUGCGCCCCUCCCCUUCCUCCAGCCGGGUUGGGCUCCGGUUUGCUGUGACCCUGCUCAGGACAAGUGGCUUCAGAGAAUGUGUAAGUAAUUUGGGUACAUGGUGAGAAGGAGCUGAAGGGUUUUCCAGUUUUUUUUUUUUUUUUUUUUUUUUUUUUAAUUAAAUGUAAUAUUUAAUUUAAAGUGAAUUUUAGUAUCAUUGCUGCUCUCUUGCCACAUUUGACCUGUGGCAGGUUGGUGUCUUGGGGUUGUGAAAUUGGAGACAGUAGCUUGUGCGUGUAUGUGUGUGAGCGGGGGAAGUGUGUGUGUUUGGUGUGGUACCUGUCGUUGCUUCGUUGAAAGUCAAUGAACUCUGUAUCAUUGUACAGCCCUGGUGCUCCUGGGAAACUCGCUCUGCUUUGACAAGUAAAUAUUGAAUAAAAAACAUUCAGUCCAUAACUGUACAUAUUGUCUGUUAACUAAGUACUAGUUAUCAGCUACAGUGCAGGAGGAUGAGUGGCAAGUCCGUUUUAAUAUUUUUUUUCUUUUUUGUUCUGUUUUCAAAUGUACCUUUUUAUUAAUGAAUGUACAUUAAGAUCUGCCAAUCAGAUCAACACCCUGAAACACGCAUUUUCACAUAUUCCUAAAGUCUGCAGCUGGAGAAGUAUUUUGGGCGCAGAGUUGUACUGGAAUUAAGGUGUUUGUUUACAGUAAUUUAGCCUGAACUUUUUAAAUUGUUUUAAGUUUAGCACUUUUUGUUUAUGAAGUACAGUCUUCUAAUUAUCAUUUUUACUUGUACCUUGGGGGGGAAAAAGCAAUUUCUUCAAAAAACUUUAAAAAAAAA